GUGGACAACAAAAGGCAACACCUUCACAACCAUCUCUCUCGAUAAUGCUCCAUGAGAGCUCAACCUCGUGAAAACUAAUGACUACAGCUCUCUGUGCUGAAUUCUUUCCUCAGCGCCUCCUCUUCACCCCUCACAAACUCCGCCACAAAAUCCCUUCUUACACCUCCCUUUUCAGAUGCAGAAGCAACGGAGAUUCCCAAAUCACAAACCUAGACACACUCAAGGUUAAGCUUUCUACUGAGGCUAGGUCCAAUCAUGUCUCCGCCUACACCGAUUUCAAAGAAGCUCAUUUCUUGAAACUUCUCCACCGAUCCUGCAAAGCCGGGAACUACGAUGAAGGUCUCUACUUUCUUGAAUGUAUGGUCAAUUUGGGGUACAAAGCAGAUGUCAUUCUCUGCACCAAGCUCAUCAAGGGCUUCUUCAGCUCCAAAAACGUCGACAAAGCUGCCAAAGCGAUGAGGAUUCUUGAGAGAUAUGGCGAGCCCGAUAUCUACGCUUACAAUGCCUUUGUUAGUGGCUUGUGCAAAGCUAAUAUGAUUGAUUCUGCUAAUCAGGUGCUGAGCAGGAUGCGGAAGAGGGGUUUUGCACCUGACAUUGUCACCUAUAAUAUUAUGAUUGGCAGCCUUUGCAAUCGCGGGAAGCUUAGUUUAGCUUUGAAGAUGAUGGAUGAUUUGAUAGCGGAGAAGAAUUGUCAGCCUACUGUCAUCACCUACACUAUCUUGAUUGAGGCCAUGAUUCUUGAAGGUGGGAUUGGUGAGGCAAUGAAGAUCUUUGAUGAGAUGCUGGCUAGAGGGCUGCAGCCUGAUAUGUAUACUUACAAUACCAUUAUUAGAGGGAUGUGUAGAUGUGGACUGAUGGAUGAGGCAUUCGAGUUUGUUAGGAGCUUGACGAGUAGAGGGUGUAAGCCCGAUGUGAUCUCGUAUAACAUCUUGUUGAGGACUCUGCUGAAUCAGGGGAGGUGGGAUGAGGGGGGGAGGUUGAUGGAGGAGAUGUUUGCAGCUGGGUGUGAGCUGAAUGUAGUCACCUACAGCAUUCUGAUCAGUUCGCUGUGUCGGGAGGGGCAGCUGGAGGAGGCCAUCAACAUGUUGAAGAUCAUGAUGGAUGAGGGGUUGAGCCCGGAUACUUAUACCUAUGAUCCAUUGAUCUCAGCUCUGUGCAAAGAAGGGAGAUUGGAUUUGGCGAUAGCAUUCUUGGAUUACAUGGUCUCGAGCGGCUGCUUUCCUGAUAUAGUGAACUACAAUACUAUAUUAUCAGCAUUGUGCAAGAAUGGCAAUGCUGAUGAGGCUUUGGAGGUCUUUGGGAAGCUUGCUGAGAACGGGUGCCCCCCGGAUGUGAGCACCUAUAACACGAUGGUGAGUGCGUUGUGGAACUCUGGGGACCGGGGUAGAGCUCUGGUGCUCGUCUCGGAGAUGAUAGGUAAGGGGAUUGAUCCUGAUGAGAUCACUUACAAUUCUCUUAUAUCAUGUCUGUGUAGAGAUGGGAUGGUGGAUAAGGCUGUUGAGUUGUUGGGAGAUAUGGAGAGUAGUGAGUUUAUACCAUCGGUUGUUACUUAUAACAUUGUCAUUCUUGGACUGUGCAAAGUUCGUAGGAUCAGUGAUGCUAUUAGAAUACUGGCAGAGAUGGUUAGGAAGGGCUGCCUGCCUAAUGAGACGACGUAUGUUCUGCUAGUCGAGGGUGUGGGGUUUGCAGGGUGGCGAGCAGAGGCCAUGGAGCUUGCAAACUCUCUGUGUAGGAGAAAUGCUAUAUCAAAUCAGGCAUUGACGCGUCUUCAUAGAACGUUUCCCGUGAAUGAUGCUUAUGCAGGAGGCUCUGCUAGAACAUAAAUGAAAAGGCUAAUUUUGUGUUUUUUGCUCUGAUUCUGUUUAGUUGCAAGUCUAUAUUGAUUAGUUCUUGAUCUUCACUGUUUUUUCACAAAAUUUUGAUGGUGUGCAGUUGAAGCCAUUAAUACAAGAAAUUCUUGAGAGAAA